AUGACGACUCGUAAACGACACGUUUUCUACGCACUGCUUUCCGCCCAGCUUGCGACAUCAUCUGCCGACUGCAUUACGUCAUACGGCAGACACGCGACACGCGAGCUUUCAACCAUCACCUCGGAAGGUUUCGAUUGUGCUGGAUUGGGGAAAAUGAUGGACGCUGGUCAAUGCCUCUAUUGA